AUGGCACCCGCACCAACCAGCGAGCCCAUAGUCCAAGAACGACAGAGCAUGCCCCACGGUUACGUCUUCGUCCCCAAAGGCAAUGUCUUUAUAACUGGCCACUGCCGCCGGCGCACCCAAGCUGCCAACCACACUGUCUACACCGUCGUCGACGCCUCCAGCAGAAAGAAAACCCUUGGCAUCCGUGUCCCCCAAACCAUCUACACCUCCGUGCGGCAAUCCGAAGCCGCCACGCGGCAAGACCGCGCGAAUGCAGUGAAAAAACGAGACGGCGCUCUGGAAACUCAGUUCUGUGAAGAGGUGCUGAGGCUGUUCCCCAAUAUCCCGAGCGAGGCGGUGCCGAAGGUGGUACAGACGGCGAUGCGGAAGGGGAGCGGACGAGUCGGGAGGACGGGGGCGUUGGGGCUGGAGAAGAGGGCGAUUUUGGGAGUCAGGGCGCAUAUUAGACAUUGCGAGACGGCCUAUGAUGGGUUGCUGAAGAAUGGGAUGACGAGGGAGAGGGCGAGGGAGAAAGUGAUUGGGAGGGUGGAUGAGGUGGCGGGUCAGUGGGUAGGGAAGCAGAAGAAGGAAGGAGCGGAGAGUCGAAGAAGGUGUCCCUAA